AUGGUCAAAGACGAAGCCGCCGACGUCACGUCCAGAGUCAGCAGCAGAAGCCCCGACAACGUCAAGUCUGGAGCUGCCAAGCCACUACUCGCUCACAAGAAGAGCUCUGGCAUCUCCUCCUCUCGCUGGCCGGUGCUAUCAGCUGCAGUGGUGCUCCUUGCAGUGGGUUGUGCCACGUACGUGGACGUGCCCCGAGUCGUCCAGAACCUGCAGAGCUUUGUCGGAACCCACGUGUUCAGCGCUGGUAACGCAACGUCUGGAGCUGGGAAUGUCAGUACGGACAUCGUCCCGGACAAGUACACGACGGACCUGGUAGCGAUUCAAGUGCGUCACAUCGUGAGCGACUUGACAUGCAACGACUCGGACUAUUCGGCGUCGACGCUUUUUGACGGCCGAGUGGUGUCGGUGACGGAGCCCAUGGAGGCAGAGCAGCCGAUGGCUGAAGAUAGGGUGUUUUUCAUGCUCAAUGGCGCUAACAAGGGUGUCUACGUGUCCUGGAACGGUCAAUUCGACUGUCUCGGUCAGGCAGCUGAGGUGGCUGCGGCGUGGCUGGGGGCAGACCGAGACGUGAUGGUGAAUGGAGUGCGUCUCUACAGUCAACUGGGCUGGCCCGUUCGCAACGCAGAUGAGUUGCAUGAUACAAAGAACAUUGUCCACGUACUGCUGGACUUCCAGUUGUGGCAAUGGCCGGGUAUCAAGAAUGGGUACAAGUAUGUUUUGGAAAACGGGGUGACGCUGACGACGGUGGGGAUUAGUCCCAAGGUGUUUGAUGUGCAGUAUUUCAUCACUCAGGAAGAAGCGGAUCAGGUCAUUGAGAUUGGAUCGCCAUUGCUGAACCGGUCAAUGGUGAGUGGGACAAACACGACUCGGGUGGAGUCGAGUUCCCGCACGAGCCACACGGCGUUUUUGCCUGAUAGCAUAUUCACGCGAGACUUUCAAAAGCGCUCAGCUCUUGUCGCACGACUCCCGAGUCCUUCGUACGUGGAGCACUUGCAGUUGGUGCGCUAUGGCGCGGGUGAGUUUUACCGGCAGCACUUCGACACUUUUUACUCGCGAGAGUUCCUUCCGGAAGGUGCAGACAUGUACAAGUAUGAAGACUACGUGGAGUGGACCGUAUGGGCUGCAGAAAAACUUCGAGGCAUGGACCAGAACAAGGUGCCUGAGAAGUUUCGAGAGGGUGGACCACUGUUCCCGAACGCCAACGACUCCAUUGUCUUUCCUCAAGCACUUCUCGGGAUGUUCCGUGACCACAUGAACACAACGAACCAAUUCAAAGCUCUUUUUGAUACCGGUUACGACGAUUGGAUUCGUACAUGUCUGGAAAGCGGUGCUGAAAUCGUAAUGAAGGAUCUGGUGGAAGAUAAGCAGCGUCCAUCUUACUUGCCGCUCAUUGUUCAGACCUGGGAGGAGCAGCUGGGCCUUGGCGAACUGCGCUACACCUUUCCCAAGCACGACACAAACUCCGUUUCGCAUUUUUUCCAUUGGGUUCGCUGGGCGAAGGAGCGCGUGAGUUUCUUGGGCGACAAGGUGCCGGCAGCUGCUCGUCCUGGUGGGAAGUUGUAUCCCGAGUUCACUGUACAGUUUCAAGAGAUGCUGCUCGGAUUUAUCCUUGAUGAUUACUCCCGGGGCUUUGUCGUGCGCAUGACUAAUAAGGAAUGGUACGAUUGGAUGGUAUUCAACCGCGGACGCAAUAACGUCCUUUUCAAGGUGCUACAGGCAUUCCCUCAGUCCGCCGAGCUAGCGAUUCGCACGUGGGAAUCACGCAUCGGUGGUGUCCCAGAGCUGCACUACAAGCUACCUGAUUACGUUCAGCACUUCCAACCGCAGCGAUUUGUGACGUUGUUUUUAUACCUGAACAACCAGACCAAGGUCGGUGGAGAGACUGUCUUUCCCUUUUCGCUGGACCGGUAUUCGGAUGAGCCGAUCGUGCGUGACGGUAUGGACGAGUGCUCCUCGGGCCUCGCCGUGCCACCUCUUGCUUUGCACGCUUCUCUCUUUUACGUCCAAACCCCCGAGGGCGUUCCCGAUGUCAUGAGUCGCCACGGUGGCUGUCCACCAUCCGAAGGUGUGAAAUGGGGCGCCAACUCGUUCAUGUGGGACUCGGACUCGGAAGAAGGCGCCGAGCUUUGGACCACCAAGUAA